UUCUUGAAUCAUGAUUGGCCGAAAGUUGGUGAAGUCAGCACUUCCGCGAAGUUCAUGUUGAAGUUACUGAAAGACCGACACAUUGACUCAGUUCAUCUGCGUGCUUCUAUAGACAGGAUAAGGCUAGGGAUAAGUUAUCAAAUAAAAUGGCCACCGCGAGCAAGGCAAGCGAUGAUGAUAACUACAAGGAAGUUUUGACAUGUCCAGUAUGUCUAGAGUUGUUAUCAGAUCCCAGAGUUACACCUUGUAUGCACACAAUCUGCUUGAAAUGCCUCGAUAGUUGGAUUGUGAGGCAAAGACAUGAGAAGCCAGGUGGCACCAGUUGUCCAUGCCCUGUCUGCACUGAACCAUUUGAUGUUCCUGCUAAGGGAGCUACUGCAUUUAAAGGUAAUUAUAUCAUUAAUGAUAUGCUAACUGCAGUGCGCAAGAAACUGGACAAGAAGAUUGAAACCAAGAACUGUGAAAUAUGCAGCACUGAGGAUGAACCAGUCGUGGCUAAACUAAAAUGUGUUGAUUGUGACCAGAUGAUGUGUGAUGGUUGUGGUAAUCUUCAUCAAAAGCUGAAUAGUACCAAACAUCACACAACCCUACAACUUUCAGGUGACAGUGACAAAGAUAUGUCGCUUUUGCCAAAACGUGUUAAAUUCUGUGCAGAGCAUGGAGAGGAACCAUUGAAGUUCUACUGUAAGAGCUGUGAGAAGGUUGUCUGUAGAGAUUGCUGUGUUACCACACACAGUGGACACAAGUUUGAAGACCUUUCCUCGAAAGUUAAAGCAGGCCUGAAAAGUAUCAACAGCAUGAUUGAGCUUUCUAGAAAGAGAGCUGAACUUAUUGAAGCUGUGGUUGAUGAAACCAGAAUUAAAAGGGAGGACAUGAAGAAUGUGAUUGUUGAUGUUAGAGCUGAAUUAGAAGCAUCCCGACUGGCUAAACAUACUAUCAUAGAUGCUCACUAUGAUGAUGAAGUGGCCAAACUGGACAAAAUGUAUGAAAGUAAUGAGAAGAAGGUAGAUGCCCAUGUUAACAGUCUUGAAAUUGAGAAGGAUAUAGCUUCGAAUGAACAGCAAGUGUGUUCCCAACAACUCUACCUUGCCCCUGCUGCAGUGGUGGAGAUGCAAGAUGUCCUGAAUCAGAAGAUACAGCAGUGGUCAAUUACACUUGAUUUCCAGUUCAAGGAUGAUGUGGCUGUUGCUUUCAAAGAGGGAAAGGAUCCAAUGGAGCUUGGGAAGAUAACUGUAGAUGAGAAGGAUGAUCAAGCUGAUGAACAUCAAGUUGCAUGUCCAACAGAAGCGAAUAACAAAAGCAUAAAAAAGGAUGUUGAAAUAGAGCAGAAUGAUUUUCCAUUCAAAGGUGUUACCAGUAUAGCUUUCUUAAAUAAUGGUGACCUUGUCACUGCAGAAGGAAUUGAUGGAGUUAAAAUAAGGGAUCCAAACAACUUCCAAGAGAAGGCUCAGAUUGCCAUUCACAGUUCUCCUGAAAUAGCUAUUACCCCUGAUGGUGAAAUAUUGACCAAAGAUGAUUUCACGAAAAAAAUGCUUCUGUUUGAUAAGAAUGGUAAACUAGUUGGUGCCCUGAAACACAUUGGUAAUCCUGAAAAAUUCACAGUCUCAAAGAAUGGAGAAUUUGUAGUAUCUCAUGAGACAAAGCUUAGUAAAUACAGUAGAAAUUUUGACAAUGGUACUCCACUAUUCACCUGGGGCAGUUGGGAGAAUAUGGAUAGCCUUGCAUGUGAUUCAAAGAAUAAUAUUGUUAUAAGGCUUAGUGAUUACAUACGAAUCAUCAGUAUGGAUGGAGAAACCCUCUGCACCUUCUGUAUAGGUGAUGGAUAUAGACUUGACUCCUUUGACAAUAUUCUAACAUUUUCUAAUGGAUAUCAAAAGUGUGGUAAAUAUGAGACAAAAUGUGUCACUACAGUUUCAGUUUACAGCUCAAAAGGGAAGCUAAUGCAGCAACUUGUUGAGGAAGAUUCUAGUCCUAUUGAUGGGUACCCAACCACUGCUGCUGUGGACAAAAAUGGACAUUUAAUUAUAUUGGUGAAGGAUGAUAGUAAAUAUCGAUGUGUGAAGAUCAAAUAUUUAAAGUGAUAAUAUGACAUUAACAUAUUAUACUAAUCAACAGACCAGUGUUUACAGAGAUAUUCCAUGGAAGAUACAAGAAAACAUAU